AUGCCGGUGCUGGGUCCUCUGCUGGUGCUUGCGGGAGGUCUUCCGCAGGCGCCAGCGGCCGACUACGAUGCCCAGCGCGGCGAGCGCUGUGGGCUCCUCACUUUCGAUCAGAAUCGGCUGCCUGCCAGCGAAUGGCGCGAGCAAGUCUACGAGCCGUUCAUGCAUUGGAGCAGGGAAGGCGGCAACGUCCAUCGCACGACGCGUGACAUGGCGCUCCUUCUCCGCAAUGCGUUGAUGCGCGGGCGCGGAGCAGUAGAAGGUGAUCGUGGCUGCUUCUGCGUCUUCCUGUUCGCCGUGCUCCUCCGUGCCUCGGCUGAUCUCAGCUACGCGCUUGGGGACCCCACCCCGCCGCUCCGGUCCUACGACCUCGAGCACACGGCGGCCCACGAUAUCAUGGCCUUUUUCGCGCACCUACUUUCGAGGACUUUUCGAAGUCCUCUCCACACAUCCUGGCCCAUUCACAUUGCCUUCGCCCGGGCUUUAGCCACCUUCCGCCGCUGGGGCGAGGUGAAACAUGGUGUGGCUGGAAGCUGCCACUGCCAGGAGCCGGAGAGCGUCCUCACCCCGGUCCUGCGGCUGCUCCAGGAGAUGCCCGUCUCUGACUGGGCCGUGGCUGACUGGAUUUCCUUUCUGGACUUCGAUGACCCUCGCCUCACGAACAUCUUGGCGAAGAGCUGUGCCUUCGAAGCCACCUGCGACGAUGUGCAGGUCCUCGCACACCUGCUGUGCGCCGAGCAUUUCUUGGCACGUGGGGAGGCAGCGAAGGCCCUGCACAAGCGCGGCAGGGCCGCUUCGGUGGCUGUCUUCGCCCCCUUCUGCCACCCGGCCCUGCGUGCCGUGGGCUCGCUGGAGGAUGUCGUCUACAACGCGGCCCUGGGCAUCACGGAGGCGAACAGCAAGAUGCUCACUGCCAUGCUCCACAGGGCACUGGUCUGGAGGCCGAUGCCUGCCCGCUACGGGGCGCGGCCCCUCGCCGCACCCCAUGACUUCCCCUUGCCAGCGAGAAGUGGGGCCAAGCGGCGCUUCGCACUGUUUGCCACGCUGGUGGAGACCGAGGACCACUACAAGGCGCAGAACUUCCCUCUAGACGCCAUGCGCCUGAAGUGCUCGGCCGAUCGCUUGGGGCCGGAGGGGUCUGAGCUGCCGUUUCAUCUUCUCUAUGGCGGCGGCUUGCAGGAUUCCGAGCUGACCAUGCUCAUGCGCUUUGGUUUCAUCAUUGAAGACUACUCCAAGGAGGUGGAGUACAUGAAGCAAAAGUGCUGCGAGCUGUGCCCGCACCAGGAACGGAGUGAUGGCUGGGCAACCACCUUCAAGCUUUUCGCCUGGAGGGCGGUUGCUUACGAUUUAGUGCUGCAUGUGGACCUGGAUGCCUGCUUCGCUGGGCGAGCCCCAGUUCGUUCCAUGGAGGAUUUGGCCGCGGAGAACGUGACCUUCUUGAGCGACGUAUCUCCAUCAGGGCCCGGCUGGCAUUCGCACAUCUUCGCCCUCAAGCCUUCCCUGGCGACCUUCAAGGAGAUCAUGGACUUCACGCUGGGCAAGCCGCGUCCGUACUGCUCUGAGCAGGAUCGCUUGGGCGAUGUGUUCGCGACCGCAGUCUUCGCACGUCCUGGCGGGAUGACCGCGGCCGUGCCCCAUGAGCCCAUCUGUGAGGACUUCCCCGUGAAUCCCUAUUGCCUGGAGCGGACGCCCGAGCGCGCCUUGCCUUCAUUUGAAGUGCUCUUGAAAACUGGGAGAUGCUGGGCCUCAGGACCCAACUACAAAGACCCCCGGGGCGAUGUGGUUGGCGGCUGGAUCUUGGAGUUCUUAUCUUCGACAAGGGACAAAGACGGUAUUUGGCUCCGUAGCGACGGGGCUGCGGUUCCCUUCGGCAGCAACCUCUCCGACAAGUGCAACUUCCCUCCGCUGGAGGAGGGCCUCUCCUACACCCAGGUGGCCUGCGGAGGACACCACACCGCGCUACUACGCAGUGAUGGCGAGGCCUUUAUCGUGGGGGGCCUUCCCGCGAAGGAGCCCUCAAGGCGGCGUUUCAAGGAGAAUUGCCGCAAGAGGCUCCCAUUCUUGCCUGUGCCUGAGCUGCCCGAGGGCACGACGUACACGCAGGUGGCUGCUGGCUUCCAUCACGUCGUCCUGCUGCGCAGCGACGGCAAGGCCUUCGCAGUUGACGAGGGCUUCCUCGACGACAACGACCGAUGUCGGGCCUGUGUCAUCAUCUGCGACCCCGAAGAGGGCCGGCGUUAUGUGCAAGUGGCGGCAGGAGACAUACACACGCUGUUGCUUCUGGACUCUGGCGAAGUUGUGAGCAGUGGGCCGCAGCACGAUGCAGCCUGCAAGGUUCCACCGCUCCCUGAAGGAGUGCGGUACAAGCAGGUGGCCGCUGGAGACCGUCUCUCACUGCUCCUUCGUACUGAUGGGGUGGCCGUGGCAUGCGGGAGCAUUCAAGAGGGUGGCAAGCGCGUGGGCCUGGAUAUUCCGGAUGCUGGACCGGGGCUGGCAUACGUGCAAGUGUCCGUGGGUGCCCAACAUGCAGCGCUUCUUCGGAGUGAUGGCCGGGUGGUUGCUGUCGGCUUGAACAACUAUGGGCAGUGUGACCUUCCACCACCCCUGGCAGAAGAUCCUUACCUUCAGGUGCUGGCAAGUUGUGACCACACCAUCCUGAUCCGGGCCGGGGGUUCUGCGGUGUCCGUCGGCAGGAACCACUGCGGGCAGUGCGACAUUCCCAGCCUCGACGAUGAUUGCGCCUACGCGGACGUGGCGGCUUCCGAGCACAACACGGUUCUGCUCCUGAGCGACGGCCGGGUGCGCGCCUAUGGCGGUAACUACCACGGCCAGUGCAACAUCCCACCGCUCUAUCCUGGCGAGCGCUACACGCAGGUAGCCUGUGGAUAUGGGCACAUUGUGCUGCUGAAGAGCAGUGGCACAGUCGUAGCCUGCGGCACCAACAGAGAUGGCCAGUGCGACCUCCCCGCGCCUGCGGAGGGCACGAGCUACACGCAGGUGGCUGCCCUCGAGGGCUGCACACUCCUCCUGGGCAGCGACCAGAGCUUGGUGCACGUCGGUGCCAAGGGCGACCUGGCGCCGGAGCUCCUCGAGGAAACGGUCUCCAAGGUUCGUGCCGGCAAGAGCCACGUCGUCGUGAUACGGCCAGAUGGCAGCGCUGCAGCUUACGGGAGCAAUGGCCUGGGCCAGUGCAACAUUCCGCCCCUCCUUGAGGACGAAGUCUAUGUGGACGCCGCCGUUGGAGGCUACCACACGUUGCUCCUCACCAGCCAGGGACGAGUUUUGACGGCGGGCAGCAAUGCGUUUGGGCAGUGCAGCAUCCCCAAGCUGGAGGGAACGCUUAGCUACACCAGUGUGGCCGCAGGUCAGAAAGUCACCUUGCUUGGCUGCAGCGACGGCAGUAUGCUGUCCUGCGGCCGGUACGGCGACCAGGAGUACAGUCUGCCUGAGCUUCCCCCCGGCCUUUCGUACACGCGAGCAGCAGCCGGCUCCUUCCAUGCCGCACUGAUAAGGAGCGAUGGUUGUGCUGUCCAUGUGCCGACGGGCGACUUGCUGGUCGGGAAGCAGUGGUCGAAGGCCCAGGGCGUACCAAAGAAGUACGUCCCCAAUCCGGCCUUUCUCCCGGUGAGCGAGCGGAUUUGCCAGCUGCAGUUUCGGGUGGCCGGCGAAGCAAUCCAAGCACAGUUAAUGAGUUUCUCGGGCGAGCUGAUCGCGGAGCUGGAUGUCGAGGCGAGCUGCACCAUGCACACCCUCAGCGCCAUGGCGGACCGGCGGCUGAACGUGGCCUGCCAGCUGGUCCUGCCUGGCGGCCCGUCUGUGCAGCAGGCCCCGACGAUGACUGUGCGAGACGCGAUGGUCGCGCUGGGUGCUGACGCCGAGCCUGGACAUGGGUACCAACAGAAGGGGUAA